AUGAAGAUGGAGCCAGGUAACCUGUCCAUCCUCCGGACUCUCCUGCUUCUAAUCCAGCUGCCCCUUGUCUCCGCGGCCCCCUGUCCCCGACCCUGCUCCUGCCCUCAGCCCGCUGAGCUCCGCUGCACCUUCCGCUCCCUCACCUCCAUCCCCGCAGCUGUUCCCAAACACACGGAGCGCAUCAACCUGGGGUUCAACAGCAUUAAUAAGAUAACAGAGAAGUCGCUGGUUGGUCUGAGGAAGCUGGAGCUGCUGAUGGUUCAUGGGAACAACAUCUACUCUCUGCCUGAUGGUGCGUUCAGGGACCUGACGUCACUCCAGAUGUUGAUGCUGAGCUACAACAAGCUGAAGGAGAUCAGCAGAAACACCUUCCAGGGUUUGUGGUCAUUGGCCAGGUUGCAUCUGGAUCACAACCACCUGGACUUCAUCCAUCCCGAUGCCUUCCAGGGUCUCACCUCAUUGCGCCUGCUGCAGCUGGAAGGAAACCGACUUCAGCAGCUGCAUCCAGCCACCUUCACCACCUUCACUGUGAUGGGCCAGUUCCACAUCUCCACUCUGCGGCACCUCCACCUGUCAGACAACGGACUGAUGUCGCUGCCCUCUAGGCUAGUGGAGACCAUGCCACAGUUAGAAAAUCUCUUCCUUCAUGGGAACCCAUGGAUCUGUGACUGCAGCAUGAAGUGGCUCCACAGUUGGGAAAAGACUUCACCAGGUGUUUUAAAAUGUAAGAAGGACCGAAACCUUCCUAAAGGGCAACUGUGUCCUGUGUGCUCUUCUCCCAGAAAUCUCCAGGCAACAGAUCUCCAUGCUGCGGAGGAUCUGAUCUGUAGUGGACCUCUCAUCAACUCUCCUCAAAGAACUUCGCUACAGGAAGAUCAAAGUGAGGUUUUGACCACAGAGGACUUCAAGGAACCUAUUGGGAGUGUAUCCCUGAGCCUUUCUGAUGAGCACGGGAACCAGGUGGAUCUGGAGUGUAGUGUUAGUGAGCCCAGAGAACUUACCAACAUCAGCUGGGAGCAGAUUAACCCACUCCAGCUGGUCUCCAACAUCACUUUCUUGGUGGACCUUGAAUGUCCUGUUGACAGAGAGAGAUAUGAGCAGCUCUGGAGGUUGAUUGCCUACUAUAGCAGCGUGCCGGCUCAUUUAGAGCGAGGAUUCAUCAUAAGCAAAGAUCCUCACCCAACUUACGUGUACAGACAGAGCUCUGUGAAGGAUGCCCUGUAUUACACGGGUGUUAAAGUUAACAUGAUGGCCCAACCUGAAUGGUUGAUGCAGACGUCUGUAGACCUGCAGCUGAACCGACCUCAGUCAUCAGCUAGAACCGUCAAACUGAUCCUGGGGAUGGAUGUCUCAAAGACGCUGGAAACAGAGCUGGUGCGGAGACAGAGCAGGACAUGGGUCACAAUUGAGUCAACAAACACGACUCGUAAAGUUUUUACUGUCAUGUUGGGCAGGCCAAGUCAAAUGGACUGCAAAGUGCAGAGCUCUGAGCGGCCGGUUAUUCAGUGGAUGCUACCAGAUGGGUCCAAGCUGGAUGCUCCGUACAGCAGUUCAGACAACAGAGUGUCUGUUUCCGGCGAUGGAAGACUGGUUAUUAAAGCUGUCAGCCACAAAGACACAGGGGUUUACUACUGCAUGGCCAGGGUUAAUGGAGACUUUUCUGUCCUACACUUCCAUCUGAAUGUGCAGGAGUCCUCCAGCCCGCUCCCAGGGGAGGAAACCCAAGUUACAUCCAUUGAAAAGCUUGCAGGGAACCCUGUUUCCAUUGACUGCACAGCUUCUGGUUCCCCUGAUGCUGAUGUUGGCUGGAUUCUACCAAGCAACAAUAUAGUUAGUUUCCAUCAUAACUCAUCCAGAGUUUUUGUCUACUCCAACGGCACUUUAAAUAUCCCACAGACACAGUUGUUGGACAGCGGUUAUUACAAAUGCAUUGCUAUGAAUCAGUUUGGCGUGGAUACACUGGCUACAAAAAUGACUGUACUCAGGCGUAAAGGACUCAUGCAGCCUUUACAAAAGUUUCCAACAAGACCUCAGUCGGCUUCAGGUGUCAACACUCAGAUUAAAAUCCUUCCAGCGGAAACAGAGGAGGCAUCUGGGGAUAUGGAGGUCAGUCAGGAUGGAGCCCCAACAAGACGCCUGGUUGGUGUUAGAAGGAGGAUUCCAGGCAAAGGUGGUGUCCAUCCAUCCAGGAAUGUGUGGCGGAGACCGCCAGUGCUUCAGAAACCACCAGGAUCUCACACUGAAAACAGAAGGAGGAUUAAUAUGUCAAAGAACAAAAUCGACCCAGAGAAAUGGGCGGAUAUUUUGGCGAAGAUUAGAGACAAAAAUACUGGCACGGUCACACCAUUCCCAGUUCAGCACACAACGCAGAAUGAAGCAACUACAGAGGGAUCACCAGGUGGACUGACUCUAUCUGAGCAGCAGGGUUACAUCACAACAAACACUCCGGUACCACAUACACAACUGAAAACCAAUCAGCACAAUGAACUGGACCAAGACAAUAUAAAUGAUGAUACUCUGAGCAGCUUACAUACUACAACAGAGCUAGAGAUGACACCGAGUGAACACACAACCAAUGAACCAAGCAGCAAAUCUUCCCCUCUAACAACUGUUUCCCUACAUGCCACCACAAACUCUCCCAGCAGCAGCACAUUUUAUCUCCUGGACAACCAGGCUAAUACCAUAGCAACUGAACAAGGCGUACUCCAAGAGGAAGAUGGGAAAUAUUUCAGUGAGACCACCACACCACUGCAGGACACAAGACUCAGUGAUCUGCAAAGAGAUCCACUCACAACAGCAUCUCCAGCAACUACGGCAGUUCCCAUCUUUACCAUAAGGACAGAGCCUGAAACACAACUUCCUCCACGCCUCCGGCUGCCCAGCAACAGGAGAAGGAAUGGGCAUCGAAGGAAAAGGCCCAACAGACGGAAACAAAGGGUGAAUAAAGCCACCACGCCCGUAAACACUGCCCUGACAACGGCCACAGCCUCUACAGACCUAAAAAUAGAACAUUUGGGAAUUUCAACAGUGAGUUUCAGCAGCACUGUUCCUUUCACUGAUGGCCAAGUGAAGUCAUCACUCACACCGAGUCUCAAAGAAAGCACAGUCUCCGGGCAUGAGCAUGAGGUGGGCCCCAAAACCACCUCACCACCAACUUCUUCCUAUGAAACAAAGGACAGUCGUCUUCUCAUGGCCAAACCACUUUCUGAAAGCUCAUCGGUUACAUUUCCAACAGCCUCUCCAGGACUGGGACUCCAAAAUGCAAGCUCUCUAUCAGCCAUGGGAAUCUCACAAAGUACAUCUGUUCCAGAGUUUUCCGAGAUGUUCACAUUAACCACUCAGCCGUGGUUUACAGAUGGUACUCCACCAUGGCCUGACACUGCAACACGAUCGCCAACAGAUGUCGAGAAUAAUCAAUCAGGCCGUCAAGACGCAGUCACUGACAAGAGUGGAAAGACUCUUUUAAAAGGGACUGAAGUCUCAGUGCCAUCCCCAUCUGCCUCAGUGGAUUCUUUCAUCCAGGAAGCAGACAGGACGAUGACUGCUUACACUUCCUUUGGAUUAAUCAGGACACCUAGCACACUUACUGAGAAUUAUUUACAGACAGAACAGACGAACACGAGGACAUUGUCUGAUGUUUAUCAUAGCUUCAGUCAGAGUGAAAAUGUGGAUGAAAAACUUGAAGAAACAAGUAGCAUAAAAACACCUGUUAUCACAUCCACACCUCAACCUGGAACCCUUUCCAAAUUCAGGAUACAUCCCAAUAAACCCCAAAUAUCUUCCACGGGAGCUGAAAUGAGCCCGACACUGAGGGCCACCACAGAGUAUCCCAGAAUCAGUCCCGACCAACUAACAAAAUUUAUCCUCACCACAGCAGAAACAGCCAGAACAUCACCUGCGUCACCUGACCUAAAACUCCCUACAAGAAGUCCAGCUUUCCCAGACAUGAACCUGGACAGCAGGCCAAUGGCGAAGCACCCAGUGACCUCCAUCCCAGCAGCUGCUACGGUCCAAUCCAACCCGUCCAAAAAGACAUCAUCAACAAGCACUUAUCAGCAGCUACCUGGACAAGAAUCUGCUCCAAGAGGGAAGCCAAGGAUAACUACGAAAAACUUCCAAAUGAUCACUGUGAAAGCUGAAACAGAUGCUCAGCUUCCCUGUGAGGCUGAGGGCCUGCCAAUGCCCUUCCUGUCAUGGACUAAAGUUUCUACUGGGCUAAGCAUUGCUCAGAACACCAGAAUGCAGAGAUUUGAGGUCCACCUCAAUGGUACAUUAAUCAUCAGGAAGGCACAGAUAAUGGACAGCGGUCAGUACCUGUGCACAGUUCAGAACCAGUACGGUGCAGACAGGAGGAUCGUUAACCUUGCAGUCCAGUCUCAGCAUCCACGGAUCCUCCAGCCAAGGCACCGAGAUGUCACUGUGCCUCUUGGUGGCAAAGUUGAUUUGGAGUGCAGAGUGGAAGGGCAUCCCCCACCUCAGGUUACGUGGGUCCUCCCAAACCAGGUCCACAUGACAGCAGCCUCGGCCAGCGUGUCCUCCCAACACCGUGUGGCUGUCGAUAAUAACGGAACCUUAUGGAUCAGCCAGGCCAGUUAUUCAGACCGAGGGAUUUAUAAGUGCAUUAGCAGCAGUGUAGCUGGGGCCGACUCUGUGUUGGUAUAUCUUUACGUCUCAGUGUUGCCACCGGUGAUUCAGCAGACCCGACAUGAGAACAUGAGUCUUCCAGAGGGCGGUUCUGCCUACAUCCACUGCUCUGCCACAGGUGCUCCUCCACCUGUCAUACGCUGGAUCACACCUGAUGGCAUGCAGCUCACUGCUUCGCAGCUAGUUACUGGACGAAACUUCAUCGUCUUCCCUAAUGGGACCCUCUACAUACGAGGACUAGGCUCUGGUAAUUCUGGAAGAUACGAGUGCUCGGCCAGCAACAACAUGGCAUCCAGCAGGAGAACUGUUAUCUUAACUGUAAAGAAGAAUCUGUUCUCUGCCAAAGCCAGCAUUGUAUCAUCAUCUCCACAGAAAACAGAGGUGAUCUAUGGAAAAAAGCUGCUGCUCAACUGCAUGGCUAAAGGGGAGCCCAAGCCCCGAAUCAUCUGGAGGACACCCUCCAAAAAGCUGGUGGAUGCUCAGUACAGUUUUGACCCCAGGAUCAAAGUGCUUCUUAAUGGCACUAUAACCAUCCAUUCAGUGACUGACAAAGACAGCGGCGAAUACCUGUGUAUGGCACGUAACAAGAUGGGUGACGACUACAUUCAGCUGCGAGUCGACGUGCUGACCAGACCAGCCAAGAUUGAGCAGAAGCAGCAGCCGUCGAGUCAGGAGGUGGUGUACGGUGAAGACCUGAAGGUGGAUUGUGUGGCCUCUGGGCUCCCCAACCCUGAGAUCAGCUGGGCUCUGCCAGAUGGCACCAUGGUUAACCCGGUCAAACAAAGAGACGGAAUAAGUGUGGGACGAAGUCGCAGGUACGUGGUGUUUGAUAACGGAACACUUUACUUCAAUGAUGUGGGUAUGCCAGAAGAAGGAGACUACACCUGCUAUGCAGAGAACCAACUGGGCAAAGACGAGAUGAAAGUCAGUGUCCGGGUGAAGGCUGUAACGUCCCCUCCACAAAUCCAGAAUAAAGACCAAAAGACUGUCAGAGUUUUCUACGGUGACACAGUAACGCUGCAGUGUAAUGCCAAGAGUGAACCAGAACCUGCCAUCACUUGGAUUUCCCCGACAAUGAAAGUGAUUUCCCCAGCAUUGGACAAAUACCAGAUCCUGGAUGAUGGAACACUGGUUGUUCAAAAAGUCCAACGUUUUGAUGGAGGUAACUACACUUGCAUGGCUAGGAACAGUGCUGGACAAGACCAUAAAGUCACCAGGCUGGAGGUCUUGGUAACACCUCCAGUAAUUAAUGGGUUAACAGGAGCCGCCAAUGUAAUCAAAGUGAGGACAGCUGAGGAUAAACAAACGCUGGUGGACUGUGUAGCAAAGGGAAUCCCCACACCUCGUAUCAUGUGGAUUCUGCCAGGAAAUGUUAUCCUUCCUGCACCGUAUUACAGCAACCGAAUGACGGUUCAUCUGAACGGUACCUUGGAAAUCCGGUCGCCCAAGAAGACCGACUCAGGACAACUGGCUUGCAUUGCUCGCAAUGAGGGAGGCGAAGUCAGGCUUGUGGUUAACUUGGAUGUGAAGGAAGCUGUCCAAAUGCCACAAACAAGAGGUCCAAGAGCAGACAGCUUCUUACUCACAGUAGGAAACACAAUGACUUUAAAUUGCUCUUUUGAGGGCUCAAGCCUACCUCAGCCUACCUGGAUUCUACCCAAUGGUACACCUUUGCAUGGUGGUGUUCGGUUUUCUAAGUUUUUCCACCGGCUUGAUGGCUCUUUGGUUAUCAGCAACCCAUCUGUUGCUGAGGCAGGUAUGUAUCGCUGUCUGGGCCACAGCUCUGGAGGUCUUGUAGAGCACAGGAUCACAUUAUCCCCAGGGAUAAAGCCAGACAUAACCAACAGAUACAUCUCACCUGUCAAAAUCAUGAAUGGAGAAACACUUUUGCUUCAUUGUCAAACUACUGGGGAGCCACUUCGACUAACAUGGACCCUUCCCAGUGGGGUUGUCCUGAACAUGCCACAGAGAGCUGGACGAUAUGCUAUACUACCCAACGGGACACUUGCCAUCCGACAGGUAUCAGUCUAUGAUCGAGGACCUUAUGUUUGCAGAGCUGCUAAUGAGUAUGGAAGCUCUCUGCUGCCUGUAUCUGUAACUGUGAUUGCACACCCACCACGGAUUACCAGCGGCCCCCCCUCUGUGACUUACGUGAAACAUGGAGUUGCUGUUCAGCUAAACUGUGCAGCAACUGGGAUCCCUAAAGUGGAGCUGGCAUGGGAAACACCGGAUAAAACCCGCUUGGUUGCCAGUACGCAACCACGCCUUUUUGGAAAUAGGUAUCUCCACCCACAAGGUUCGCUUAUCAUCCAGAACCCGACACACAGGGAUGCCGGCGUCUACAGAUGCACAGCCAGGAAUGCCAUUGGCACAGACUCUAAAACUACAAUUCUUAAUGUGUUCUGAGGAAUUCAGGAUCAAAAUCCAUACUGUAUGCCCAAGAACCUGCCUUAUUUAAAGCAACAAAUGUUUUUGGUUUUAAAAUGUAGUGAAAACUGCUGUCACGAUGAAAUAAUGAGAUGACUGGAACUUACAGCAGUGCUUUGUGAGUGGAUUAAAGGCCUUAAGCUGAAAAUAUACUUAUUUUCAUUAUGAAUAGAGAUUUUUGUCAUGGCUGCCUCACAUAUCUUGCAUUUGUUAGAAGCUUUGUUUGUCAGUGUCCUCAGAAAUUAACAUGACAUGUUCACAAAUUGCAAUACGUGAAUCACCAGUAGGGGCAGUGCAGGGACCAAUUUAACUGGAUGUCAAGUCACCGGAUGGACAGCAGUAAAAAUUAGGUUAACUUUCUAAGACAAAACACAGUGUGGUUGGUUUACAGGUCUUAUAAACUCCAUAUGCUCUUUAAAAACAAGUGAUUUAUUGAUUUGAAUCGAUUCAAGUUUAAUUAUUCCAGUAUUGCUUCAUAAAACCCAAAGACUGAUUUUUAAAUACUAUUAAUUUAAUUUACACCCAAUGAGAAUAAUUCUAAUUGUAAGGUUAGAAAAACUAUCAGAAAUUUUAUAAAUAAGGAUAUAGGGUUUCUGGUAGAUUAUGUUCACAGCUGUGACAAGGCAUCUCUAUGCCCAAUAUCAGCUUCUAUCUACAUUCUGUUAAUGACUAAUUCAGACUGGGUUACAUUUACCUGUAAACUAUUGAGCAGCUUAUUACCUCUUACAUUAGCAGCUAGCGCUAAGACCUCGUUCUCUGCUAUGUUCAACGAACAGUGACUGUUUUAAAAAUAACAGGAAGUAGAGUCACCACAAGCAUACAUCCUUUGAAAUAGCGGUGAUAAUGGACUGGUAAAUAUUGAGGAUCUUUUGAAUAUUGUAUUUCAAAAGUACAUGUAGAUGUGGAUUUCACCACCACCUCAUGUUAGCCUCUGCCUGAUGUAGGUGGCACAUGCGCAUGCAUUGUGAUUAAGGUCAGGGUAAUUUAGAUCUAUAAAACCUGCGUACCUACUUUAAGUAUUGGUAUUGAAUCUGAUUACUAACAGUAUCUGGAUCUGAUUCCACACAAAGCUGAUACUCAUUAAAGAUGUAACAACCCAUUAACCUCAAUGGACACACUGAUUGAAUCAUCAGUAAUUCAUCCAGCCAUCAUCUAUGACGCUCCAUUAAGGGUCGCGGGGAAGCUGGAGCCUAACCCAGCAUUUAGCAGGUGAGAGACAAGGUACGUCCUGGACAGGUCACCAGACCUCUGCAGGGACAACAAAGAGAGACAGACACUUGCAAUUUAGAGUCACCAAUUAACCUAACAUGCAUGUCAGUGGAUGGUGGGAUGAAGUCAGAGUGCCCGGACAGAACCUACGCAUACAUGGAGAAAACAUGCCGAAGCUCGAACCAGCAACCUUCUGGCUGUGAGGCUGCGUUGCAAACCACCACACCACCAUGUAGCCCCAAUGUCAACCAUGUAAAUGGAAAAUAUGGAUUAAACAUGGAUAUGGUCAUCAUUUGUGAGAAAGAAUGUGUGGAAUAUUUAUUUUCUAUUUUAUUUGUUCAAAAACCAAAACCUUUAAUCUUUUAGUCUGAUAGGAAAAAUGUGAUAUCCAAAUGUGUGGUGUGUAAAUAUAAACUGUAAUACUUUGGUUAUUAUAACUAAUUUCUAAACUUAUCUGGUGUGAGGGUAAAUAUGAAGGCUUACGUUAUAUCCUGCUUUAAUAACCACAAACAGAAACCUAUUCUUUUAGUUUUCUUUUACAGGAUGUUAGAUAAGUUUUUGUUUUGAAUGUCUGAUUGGGCUCAGGAAUAAAAUUAGAUUUUGAU